AAUAAUGUCUAAAAACCCCAUUCUGUUAGGUUUAAGGCGUUAAGUGAUGAUGUCAUCCGUCAUUUUUUCGUUAAAUGGCCAAUCUACCCUUAUGGGUAUGUUAAGUUACUAUAAUGACCUUGGUCACCAUUUAGUAAAGUUGGUAUUUCACUACUGUUUCUCUAUUGAAUGGUAUAUCACUUCACUACUGUUUCAACAGAACUGCUUACCCCAAGGGUUUGAUGAGAACGAUGGAGGUACUGGAUCUGCAGAGUGGUCUGCAGAAUAUGAGGAUACUCCAUAUCCAGGGUUAUUGUCCAGCGAUGGGGUAAGCAAUUCUAUUGAGAUCUCGGAGAGUGUUGAUGCCGGUGGCUAUUCGGUAAAAUUGUCUGAGAGCCAGCAUAACAUCAUAACUCAAAUGCCUACUUCACCUGAGGAAGAAUCAAGUGCUCCUAUUGAACAUGCUUCUGAUACUCAGCAGGUAGGUGUGAGUGAAACAGCGAGUGCUAAUGGAAACGAAAUUCCGGUGGAGGAUGAAUCCUCGAGGGGUGAGGGAUUCAUGCCUGAGACAGAACAAAUUAAGGUAGUUGACAAGGGUUCUCUGGUUGAUCAGGAGUAUGGACGAACCAGUGGUGAAGCGAAAUACCUCAAGGGUCUAGGGCUUCAAGCUACAAGCUAUGAGAAGAUCUGCUGCUAGGGGACUAUCCACCGCAGCUGAUACCAGAGUCACCAGAUCUACGCAAUGCAGCUACGGCCUUCUGCUACAAUAUACUCUCCCAGCUAAGGUCGCGGCUGAGCACUUGGUGAGAGAGAGCAUGUAAUGGUUUGGAAGAAAAUGGGUUCUUUUAUAGAGUUUAAAUAUAAGGGUAAAAUGGAUAUUUCUCACUUUCAGUUAACGGUGUUACAAAUUAGGGGUGCGGUAGACAUUAUUUUCAUUUUUAGGGAUUAUUCCAAGUUAUUUUCAAUUUUAGGGGGUACAAGAUAAUUUCCUAAAAAAAUAAAAUAAAGGUAAAAUUAGCAAGUUGGAAAAAAAAAGAAGUUAGAUGUAUAUGUCUCCAAAUUGAAAGAUCUGUCGGGCAAUAAACCUCACCUGGUUGUAACAAGGUCUUGGGAUCAAAUCCCACCAUUACCAUAGGGAAGAGAUGGAAGGGAGUGAGGUUUAAAAUAUGGGAAAGGGAAAUGAUUAAUGUGUGGAUUCUUCUGCAUGUCUUCUCACAUCCUUUUCUAUGGGCAUCACACCUUCUCUCAAUAAAUGUACCUUAUUGUUUGUCAGUUCAAUUUUAUCAUA